UCAGGUGGGGGAGAGAGAGAGAGAGAGAGAGAGAGAGAGAACAAUUUACACACGGCGCACGCCAACGUCCCCCAGUAGCCAUGACCAUUUAUUCUUGGACUAGUUUAACAAACCCCAACCCCUUUUUAAUAACCACAAACACAACCACAGCCACAACCACCACUAACCGUUUCGGCCAUAAACGCUUCUGUCUCCGAGGUCCCUCUUAUUCUCGAGCCGUACCUCCGAUUCGGUUCUCAGUUCUCUGCGUCUCCUCUCUCUCAGAUAUGGAUGCCGCUGCAGGUCAAAGUUUGUAUCCCUUGCACCGGUGUAAAACUAUUCACCUGGUGAGGCAUGCUCAAGGGGUUCACAAUGUAGAAGGAGAAAAGGACCAUAAUGCAUACUUAUCACCUGAACUUUUUGAUGCACACCUAACACCUCUUGGCUGGCAGCAGGUAGACAAUUUGCGCAAGCAUGUUCAUGCAUCUGGACUUUCCAAGAAGAUUGAAUUAGUCAUCACUUCCCCUUUGUUGAGGACCAUGCAAACUGCAGUUGGAGCUUUUGGGGGUGAAGGUUACAGUGAUGGGAUUGAUGUACCUCCACUAAUGGUGGCAAAAGCAGGGAAUAGUAGCCGUCCAGCAAUUUCAAGUCUAAAUUGCCCUCCAUUCGUUGCGGUGGAGCUUUGUCGAGAGCAUUUGGGUGUUCAUUGGUGUGAUAAGAGGAGAAGCAUUAGCGAGUAUAAGCUUCUUUUUCCUGAAAUUGAUUUUUCACUGAUAGAAAGUGAUGCUGACGUUCUGUGGAAGACUGACAUCAGAGAGACAAAUGAAGACCUUGCUGCCCGAGGAAUGAAGUUUAUGAACUGGUUGUGGACGCGGAAAGAGAAGGAGAUUGCAGUUGUUACCCACAGUGGAUUCUUAAUUCAUACCUUAAGUGCAUUUGGAAAUGAUUGUCAUCCAUCAGUGAAAAGUGCAAUAUGCAAACCCUUUAACAAUUGUGAACUUCGAUCUGUGGUGAUUGUUGACAGAAGUUUGAUAGGGUCAGAUUCCUCAACAACAGACUAUCCUGGAAAAAUUCCUAGCGGGUCUGAUGUCCCAAGUGACGUUGCAAAGUAGAAGCACAGCCGGGGG